AUGGCUGACAUAUGUCCACCUUGCUACGGACCUCAAGUUCCCGGUACAAGAACAGAUGAACCUAAUUAUAUUGUAUGCAUGGAUGGAAACUUCCAGCAUAGGAGGCAUGAAGCAGCAAGUGUCGAAGUCCCAGGAAUGCUCAAGACACCUAGUCUCUUCAUAAAACCAGAUGAAGUGGCCCAGAUGGAAUUGUCAAUGAAUCCGGCAUUGCACAAUGCUAUUGAGGGUGACGUGGACCGAUGUACUCAGCAGCACACUGCAGCCGAUGAUGCCAGAUCCGGGAGAACCUGGAAUGAGUGUGAUGACACCGGCUUGUUUGGUAUGGCAUGUAGGCAUGAUCAGAUGUUACAGAUGAUUAAUAUUGUCAAGAGUGGAGAACUUAAACGGUUGGGGAUCCUGUACGAUAUUGGUUGCAAUAUUGAGAAGGGAAUCAUAAGGCGUCAUCAAUUUCCGGAAGAACGAGAAUUGAAUCUUUUAAAAUUUGGGACCAGUGUAUUCCACGCAUAUGUUCACGAAUGGUCUUGCCAGCUACGAUAUAAUCCCAGAUUGAAUCAAGGUUGGGGGAUGUCUGAUGGCGAGGGAUUGGAGAGGAUCUGGUCGUUCUUAUCACCUUUAAUCAGUCCACUUCGAUACUCUACCAAAAACCAUCGUCUUGUUGCACUAAAUAUCCGGAUGAACCAUCACAAUGAUAUGGGAAAGAUUAAUACAGUUUGCUACUUGUUAGACCGAGGAAAACAUGUCGAGCAAGUAAUGAAAGAUUCCCAGGAUAUAUUAAGAGCUCUUGAAGAACAGUCAGGGCUGCAAUGGAACCAUUUCAAGAUUCAAUGGGAGCGACAAAGGGAAAUUCAACUUUCUACAAUUGAGACUGCCACAGAAAAGGAGACCAGGGAACAAGUUGAAGAGUUGGUCCUGUUGGAAGAUAAACUUCGAGAAACACAUCAAGAAAUGAUUGAACUUCGCAACACUCGAAGGAGAAAUAGGACUGACGCUCAGAACCGGCACCUACAACAACUUCCUGAUACAUUGGUCAUGUUAGAAGGAGAGAUUGAAAGUAUUCUGGAUGAACUUGGAACUGAUUACUUUCAAAAUUUACAAGGAGGUUCAGAAGCUGAAAUUAAAGCUUUAAUAAAAAUCAAAAUCAGCAAAUCCAAGCUUUAUGAAGCCAAAGUGGGUGUUAUUGAGAUGCAGAAGAGGUGGGACCAACCCAGAUCAGGGACUCGAGUGCAACAUCGGUUUAAGAAACAAAUGAAUUCCAAGAUGAAUAUGUUCAAGAAGAAAUGGAUUUCAUACAAUAAUCGGGCGACCUCUUUCAACAGUGAUUUUUCACCAGAAGUACCAUUGGAAACCCCCUCUUUUGAUGACGUGAAAGCUUUUGGGAUCGACAAUUUUUUUUGGAGCACCAGCCGACUGGAUCAUCCAAGCGAGCCCUGGGCUGUGGACGUGAACACCCAAAAAGGCAUUCAGGCGUACCUCACAGUAACACACUGCCAGGACGAAUUACGACGUAUUGCUCGGGAGGCCAGACAGACAGUGACAUGGGCCAUUGAAAAAUCAAUAAAAAUGGAUCAGCUGCUUCAAUCAUUACAAGCCGAACCUCAAGAAACUGAUGUCCUUACAGAAAGCCAACAACAGGUCAAGAAUACCUGCUCCGAAUUCAACUGUCCCAAAGCAGUUGUCCAGUCAGUCUUCACCAAUAUUGCCAAAAAGCACUGCCGUCUUUGGCUCUCAUGGAACUGUCACAUUUGGAAACUCAUGAGAUGGAUGAUGGAGUUUGACAGUGAAGAGGAUCAACAUGAAGAGGAGAUUUUUGCCCAAGAACAGGACUUUAUUAUUCACGAACAAAAUUGA